GCUUGUCCCUGACAGCCGCGGCUUGAGCGCCAACAAGUCGCCCUCCAUUGCUCGCCCGUGAACCUGGAAAUACCAGCAGCCAUCGGCUCUUCAUCCUCCUCCUCUUCCUCCAAUCCUUGUUUUUGAGGGGGGGCGACAAGUGGUGUGUUUUUGGGGAUCUUCUGGAUUCUGGGAUCUUUUCAAAGAUGCUCUUCCUGCUGAGACCCGCGGAGCUGCAAGACAUUUUGAUUUGACUCGUUUGUUUUCCUGGGUUUGUCUUUUUUUGUUUUUGUUUUUGUGUGCGUGUAGUUUUUUUUUUGGUUGAAUUCUCUUUCCAAUCAGUGGAUUCCGAUUCGGAUGGAAAAUGGGAGACGCCACCAAACUGGCCUUCGCCGUGUUCCUCAUCUCCUGCUCUUCAGGUGCCAUCCUAGGACGCUCGGAGACUCAGGAGUGCGCGUACUACAACUCCAGCUGGGAGAAGGAGCGCACCAACCGCAGCGGCAUCGAACCGUGCUACGGCGACAAAGACAAGCGGCGCCACUGCUUCGCCACGUGGAAGAACGUGUCCGGCAACGUGGAGGUGGUCAAGCAAGGCUGCUGGCUGGACGACGUCAACUGCUACGACAGUAAUGAGUGUGUGGAGAAGAAGGAGAGUCCCGACGUCUUCUUCUGCUGCUGCGAGGGCAACAUGUGCAACGAGAAGUUCCUGUACAACCCUGACCCGCACCCGAAGACCGACCAGCAGCAUUCGACCGCCUACACCACUUCCAACCCCUUUUCCCAGAAGCCCCAGCUCUUCAGCACUCUCCUGUACUCGCUGGUCCCCAUCGUAGGCCUGGCGGCUGUCGUCCUCUUCUCUUUCUGGAUGUGGAGGCAUCACAAGCUGGCCUACCCGGCCGCCCUCGUCCCGACACAUGAUCCCGGUCCCUCACCUCCGUCUCCCAUUACGGGACACAAACCCUUGCAGCUGAUCGAGAUGAAAGCCAGGGGGCGCUUCGGCUGCGUGUGGAAGGCCCAGCUGCUGAGCGACUACGUGGCUGUCAAGAUCUUCCCGAUCCAGGACAAGCUGUCUUGGCAGAACGAGUACGAGAUGUUCAGCGUGAACGGCAUGAAGCACGAGAACAUCCUCCACUUCAUCGGCGUGGAGAAGAGGAACAAUAACCUGGACCUGGAGCUGUGGCUCAUCACCGCCUACCACGACAAGGGGUCGCUGACAGACUACCUGAAGGCCAACGUGUUGACCUGGAACGAGCUCUGCCUCAUGGCCCAGUCGGCGGCCCGCGGCCUGGCCUACCUCCACGAGGAUAUCCCCGGGCACAAGGACGGACACAAACCCUCCAUUGCUCACAGGGACAUUAAGACUAAGAAUGUGCUGUUGAAGAAUAAUAUGACAGCUUGCAUAGCUGACUUUGGCCUUGCUCUGAAGUUUGAGGCUGGAAAGUCUGCGGGAGACACGCAUGGACAGGUGGGAACGCGGCGCUACAUGGCCCCCGAGGUCCUGGAGGGCGCCAUCAACUUCCAGCGCGACUCCUUCCUGCGCAUCGACAUGUACGCGUUUGGCCUCGUGCUCUGGGAGCUGGCGUCGCGGUGCACAGCCGCCGACGGCCCCGUGGAUGAGUACAUGCUCCCGUUCGAGGAGGAGGCCGGUCAGCAUCCGUCUCUGGAGGACAUGCAGGAGGUGGUCGUGCAUAAGAAGCUGCGGCCCAUCCUGAGGGACUGCUGGCAGAAACACGCGGGUCUGGCUAUGCUCUGCGAAACCAUCGAGGACUGCUGGGACCACGAGGCCGAGGCCCGCCUGUCCGCCGGCUGCGUCGAGGAGCGCAUCGGCCAAAUGCAGCGCCAAGCCCCCCCCAUCGGCCCCGAGGAGAUCGUCACCGUCGUCACGAUGGUGACCAACGUGGACCUCCCGCCCAAGGAGUCCAGCUUGUGAUCGGCCAAUCAGACGCCACGACGAACGCGCUCGCAGGAAACACGGAUCAACAAGAGGGGGUGGACAGCCGACCCUGGUUGGUUGGCGUAGUGGGUUUUUUUCCUCACUUUCUUCCUUUGAUUUUUUUUUUUUUUUUUUUUUUCCUUUUAAGUGCGGGCCGCUACUCGCGUUCAGGAAACACCCUGCGCCCACCUCACCACAUCGGGUUAUAUCCACCUCAUUUUGAUAUGUGUGCCUAAGGAUUUUAACAUUUUAACAGUCAAAGCUCUCUUCACGCCGAGCAACAAAAAACGAUUCAGGUUAUUUGCGAGGACGGACGCAGUCACCGGGUGACAGAGCCGACAUGCUGGGACGACGACGCUCAACACUUUUACCAUGUCUUGUUUUUUAUAUACACACGCAUACAUAGGAGGGCGACCUGUUCCGGUUCGGGUUUCUACGGAGAGAGAGAGAGAAAGAGAAAGAGAGAGAGAGAAGAAGAUCUUGCGGAGGAAUUUCACGGAACUCUCAGUGCAUUUUAGUGUAAAAAAGAAAAAGAAGAAAAAAAACGACCCGGCUCUCGAUACUUUUGCUGUUUUCUUGUGUGCGUUAUUUUUUUGAAGAGACGAUUAUCGUUCUGCCAAUAAGCAACAGCUUCUGAAUGUUUAUAGUGUAAUGCUGCUGUACAUAGUGUAUUAUGGACCCAGUCAACUUGGUAAUCAAGCUUAUUUUAAAGGGGCGAGGGCGAGGGGAGGGUGGGGGGGGGG